UACACCGUUUGGAAUAACUGGUGAGUUAUAAAUUAAAAAUUAUGGCAUCUAAAAAGAAAGAUAAAAAGAAAGAUAAAAUAAACGAUGACAUGGAAACGGCUGCAAAGAAAGAUAAAAAGAAGGGAUGGUCUUUAAUAUUAAGUUCAAUUAUAGCUGGACUGUUAGGUGCGUUCGUAUAUAGAUUGUAUGUUUCUUACGUCGUUGUGCCAGAGCUGCCUAAAUUUGAUCUCGAUGUCUGGUGGGGCUCGGGUCCAAGGAGCAGCCAAGAUAUAUCUAUACGUCCUUAUAGAAUUCUUCUUUUAGAUUCUAUGCAAGAAAACAUACGUCGUAAAUUCGAAGCUUACAGAAGAGCAACGAAAAUAAAAAGUCUGAAUGAGUCGUCCAGCUACGGUUUGAACUCUGAUAAUCUGGGCCAAAUUUUUGCGCACUGGCAAUUCAAGUAUAAUUACAGAGAACGAACUAGAUACUUCAAUAAGUAUGACCACUUCAAGACUAAUAUACAAGGUCUGGAUAUGCAUUUUAUUCAUGUCAAACCGAAAACGCCUGGAAAUGUGAGGAUCCUGCCGCUCCUUCUCCUACACGGCUGGCCGAGUUCCGUAAAAGAUUUCUAUGAAAUGAUACCACUUCUAACAACUCCGCGGAAUGGUUAUGAUUUUGUAUUCGAAAUUAUAGCGCCAAGUCUACCUGGGUUUGCUCAUUCACAAGGUGCAGCCAGGCCAGGUCUUACAACAUACGAAAUAGCGAUUAUAAUGCGUAAUUUGAUGAAGAGGAUCGGCUUUAAUCAGUUUUAUGUUCACGGUGGUGAUAUUGGCCAUGCGAUUGGUUCACACAUGGCCACAAUUUUCCCCAAUCAAAUCCUUGGUUUCCACACCACCACUCCUAUUAAUUACUCCUAUUUAGCUUCCAUGGGUUGGUUUAUCGGAUCGAUUUGUCCUAAAUGCUUAUCAGAUAAUUAUGUUCGUGACAAAAUGUACCCACUGUCAGAUAAACUAAGUUUUUACUUGGAAGAAUCUGGUUAUUUUCAUCUUCAGAGCACGAAACCUGAUACCAUAGGAAUCGCUCUUCAAGAUUCUCCCCUGGGUCUAGCGGCGUACAUUAUCGAACGCUAUUUAUUAUAUACGAAUCCAAAUAGCAAAUUCACUCCUGAAGAAGCAUUCUCAGGCUAUAAUAUGACAGAUUUACUUGAUAACGUCAUGUUAUAUUGGAGCACUGGGAGUAUUACGACAUCGUUGCGAUUAUUUAAGGAGACAGUUAGGAAUUACGAAAUGGAACAGGUUCUUGCAAGAAUACCAACCUCAGUACCAACUUGGGGUCUUCGAACGAAAAAUGACCUAUUCCAUCAGCAUGAUAACAUAAUACGGUGGAAGUACCCCAAUCUUCGUGGCUUAACUAAUUUGGAAGUCGGCGGCCAUUUUCCCGCUUUCGAAAUACCUUCGGAAGUUGCUAGUGAUAUAUUUAAAUCUGUGAAAAAAUUUCUCCUAACAAAAAAAGUAUAGUACUUUAAAAAUUUUGUUGAGUUAUUAAAUUUCAAUAAAAAAAUAAGUUUUAAUGCUGACGAAAAAUAGUUUUAAGUUGAACUCAAACGGAACAAAAUGCUUUUCAUGCUAACGACCCAGCCCUUAGAAAUUGAGUAACUUACAAGUUAACUGAAGCGAAGGCGACAGUUUUAAAUUAUUAAUUAAUAUUUAAUAUUAACAAAAUUUGUUCUGAACAGAUUUAAUCUUUUUUAUGAUCUUCAACAUUGAGUGUUAUAUAUAAAAUUAUAAAUUCUCUCCCAUACCAUGUCUUGAAGGAAGAAAAGUAUGUAUAACGGCUGG